GAGGACACAGGCACUCAAAAACCCUGUCUGUGCUUGGUAUAUUAGGCAGCCAGUGCUCUUGGCUGGGAGCCCAGGCGAGGCUUUUGUAAUCAAAACAUGAUCUUGUAUGCUGUGCAACCAGUGCUGAGAAAGGCCGUCUGAUGGCUCUCCUCUUUUAGCUCUGCUCUGGAAUCCGCCGGGCUGCGCCGCCGAUGUCCAACAUGCACCGAGCCGAUGCUGCUGUGGACGAUGCAGUCUUAAGGAAGAAAGAACAGAAAGAUGUUGAACUCGAUAAGAAAAUCCUGGCUUUGCGGAAAAAGAAUGAAGCGCUCAUACGGAGAUACCAGGAAAUAGAAGAGGACAAAAAGCGAGCUGAGCAGGAGGGAAUGGCUGUUACCUCCAGGAGACCCAAGCAAGAUGGACUCAUGAUUACUAUCACCAAGGCUCACAAUGACCUGAAAGAUGCAAUUACCCAGACUGAACACUAUGGACAAGAUAGCCCAGCCCUCUCGAUGGACAAAAGGAUUGUGAGCGAAAAAUGGGGGAGCCCCUGUCCUACGAGCCCGGGGUUCGGCAUUGGCAGCGAGGAAGAGGAGGAGGAGGAGGAAGCAGAUCAUAUGUUCACAUUCAGGAUGGGGAAGAGGAUGCAGCUGGCUGUUACCAUGGACAACAAAGCCAAGGGCAAGCGCAUCGUCAGUGAGAAACGCGCCGAGAGCUUCCCCGGCCCCGGCAGAGUGCCAGACCUGAGCGAAGAGGAGACAGACCACUUGGUGGCUUUCCGCAGGGGGAGGAGGAUGCAGAUUGCCAUCACCAUGGAUAACAAGGAAAAAGCAGAGGAGAGGAGAACAGCAGAGAAGAGGAGGUCAGACAGCGACAGAGGCCCAGAAAAUGACCAUGGCCGGAAGGAUGGUGGGAAGUCGGUCCAGAAGAGCCCUGGAGAGCUGAGUUUCCCCAUGAGCGGGCGGGAGCGCUCGGAGUACAUCCGCUGGAAGAGGGAGCGCGAUCAGAUCGACCUGGAGCGAGUGGCCCGGCACAAGAACGCCAAGGGCGAGUGGCGACGGGCUUGGGAUGUGGAGAAGUCGGAGCACAUGUUUGAAGAGGACUUUGUUAAGGAUGGGGAGCCAGCCUUGGAUAAUCCCAGCAAUAAGAAAGGGGGAAGAAACGCAAGGAAAUUCCAGCACAGGUCCUUUCCUCCCAACGGGAGAGGUGGGGGACAGCAUGGAGUGAACGUGAGCGAUCCGGGAGCGAAAGCGGUACCUGCUGUGAGCAGCCGGGCCAAAGGGAAGGACAGGCUGACGGGCAGAGCCAGGAGAUGGGAUGCAAAAGAAGGCGAGGAUAUGUCUUUUCUGAAGGAUGACGUUGAUGGGCAGAGGAGCCUUGGUAAGGAGAAGCGGAAGAGCAGAGGUGAGGAGGGGGUGGAAGAGAACUGCACAGAUGAGCUGGAGGAGAAGGUGAAGCAGCCAAACCUCCAAGAUCAUGGGGCCUCCUCAUCACAAAGGCCACAAAGUGGAAAGGUCCAGUCUGCCCACAAUGGCCAGAAAGAGGAGCAGAGAGGAGUGAAGGAGGUGUCUGUGGCCAGCACAGGUGACUCAGAGCCAGGGCCUGAACCACGGAAGGAAGGUGUUGGGGAAGAUGCCAGUGGGAAGCCUGGCUCUGCUGACAUCUCCCAGGAGGAGAGCACUAACAGCAGUGCUUCACAGAGCAGCCUUCCAAGCACCGUGCAAGCCACCAGCCAUGGCAGUGAGGAGACCUUGUCAUUGCCCGUGGGAGUGAAUGUAGAUGGAGCUGGCAUGGAGAAAAACACAGCUUCAGGACAGGAACCCACUGAGGAGCCUCCAAACGGCCAUGGAGGAAAGCUUGAUGCAGCAACGGGAGACAGACUGGAUGCAGGUCAAGGAGAGCUGGUGAGGAAAGGAGGGGAAGAAGUGACUCAAGACACUGCCCUGCAGGGACAAAUACUUGCACUGAAAGGAGGUGAAGAUGCUGGAGGCGCUGAACACAGAGAAGAACCUUUGCCCCCAGGAAAAGCCAGCUCUGACGUGACUGUUGUGUCUGAGCAGGACGCAGCAAAAUCACAGUCCAGGGAAGGGGACCAGCCUGAGGAUUGCAAGGACAAGGACAGUGGGGACACUCUCAACUAGCAGUGAUUCCACCGGCUUGCCUGAGACAGAAGGAUAACGUGCUGGAGGUGGUGGAUGAGAAGAGAAGAGGAGCACAAGCUUGUCCUCGCUCUUCGAUCUUCGAUGAAACCAGCUUCCAGCACCUGCCUGGACCCUUCCGCACCCACCCCCGGCGCGUGGGGUCCCCGUCCCACCCCUCUCCCCCGUUCAGCAUCACCCUCCCCUCGCCCCGCGCCAAGGGACAGGGAAGGCUACACACCCUCCCAGCCUUCCAAGAAAACUCUCACUUACUUUUGUAUUUGUUUUGCCUUUACUGCGGCUGUGUGGCAAGCCAACGGAAUGUCUACUGGAUGCACUUUAUUUUAUUUAAUAACUAACGCUGUUUAAAGUUAAGAUUUGGGUUUCUGGGCACCCCUCUUUCCUUCCGCAGAGGCGGAGCAGGGCGUUAGGGGACAGAGGGAGAAGAGGUACGUUGUGGUUCAGUAGGUGGAUGGAAGAGCAGCCUUGAGAGGGGUUGGCAGGGACAGAUGUAGUUGCAGGGGACACAAAGAGGAUGGAGCAGUGAGUAACACUGUGGUGUUUGACAGGCACACACCAACCCCGGCAUCUCAUCCUUUAAAAGCUGGCUUUCCUCCUGUUCUGUGUAGCAGCAGAGGUUGAAUCAGCACAUCAGGAAACUCUGCUUUUUUCUGAGGCCGGCGGCUGCUGCGUGGAGCAGGUCUGUGCCCAGUUCCGCAGGACAACCUGCCUGUGCCCACACAGAGACCCUGCAGCUCUCUGUGCCCAGCAGGGCAAGGAGGAGGGGGGCACAAACGCAAUAAUUUGCCUUCUCCUGGCAGCAGGACCCAGGCCAAACGGGAGGUGAAGGUCAAACUUCCUAUCAAACUCCUUCCACCCCCUGGUUGUGCCUUCCAUAGCCUUGUGCGUGGCUCAGAGGGCAGCAGCACCUCCCCGGGGGGCUGCCCUGCAGACGUUCUGGCCUUAAAAAAACACCUUUCAAAUCGAGGAUUUGGGUGAGCAUUUAGAAGCAUCAAUGCACAGGAAUCCCAGCUGUUUGGGUCUCCGAGCAGCUACGAGAUUCACAGCAAACUAGGACUGAGCUGAGCUGGAACACGGCUGCCCGUUGAGAAGGCAGGAAGCAGGCACAAGGAAUCACACCCCCUGAUUCCUGACCUCUGAGUGACAGCACAGAAAGGGAAUCACCCUUGUUUUUGAAGCGCUGCUCUAAAAGGUGACGCAGGAGUAAACGUACGUGCAGACAUGGAUGUGUGGAGAUUUAUUGGGAUUUCCUUGCAGGAUAAAUUUGCUAACCGAAAGGGCAGCUGCCUUGGUGAUAAGCUUGGCAUGUGUGGACUGACUGACUGUACGCUGGUUUAAUAAACUAAUAUUUGCACAGAUAAACAUUUUGUUUUUCCAUGUAACUUCAGUCUGCAGCACCUCUCUCAUGAAGGACGCGCCUGAGAAUUUCCUCUACGUGCCAAAUUCAGGAGAGUUUACUGGCUUCAGACGAGGUAUUGUCAAGAAACAGAGCACGCAGCUUUCAUGUCUUACCUGUAGAAACAUCUUCACCCCACCACAGCCCAGGGUUUAUUUGGACUCACCCAAUGGAUAAGAGAAGAGAUAGAUAAAAGCCAGAUUGUAAAACUGCUCCGGGUCCUGGAGAUUCUCCAUCACUGUUACAGGCUGACAUUCCUUAUCUGACAGGCUCAAAAACCUCCUCCCAAUUGUUUAAUUUUUUUAUUAUUAUUAUUUUGUACAUCAGGUCAGUGACCUCAAUCUUGGUCCCCUCAGACUGAGUCCAUGGGCUGUGGAGCUCAGCGCCGUCGGGCACAAACCUCUGCACGGCCCCGCUCCAGCUGGGGAGAGAGAAAUCCCAACCCCAAUUGUUUGCAGAUCUUUUCCUUUUUUUGAAAGGAAAACUUUUCCCCCAUUUCCUCCUUUUUCCAAGUAACUCUGCAUUUAAGGAUGAGUCUGUGCCGGCCCCAGGGACGGGAGGUGCAGAUGGUGCCUCUUCCAAGUGUCAUCUUUUCCUGCUCGUUAACACUUUGCUCGAAUGCACUUUGGAUGGUGGCUGGAUUGCAGUUUUUCAGAAAACUGCGGCUGUUUCUUCUUCACAGUGAUAGACUGAAAAGUUGAAAAAUCUGAUGUAGAGGAAUUAUUUAUAUGAAAUAAAAGUUGUAAUGAAGAAAAACCUCCAGUUUCUUAGCAUUUCUCAGUCCUGCAUGGAGAGUUUCCUGAACUGAAUCAUUGAUCUCUGCUUUUUAGAGCAGCAGCUCCAGUUCAGGUUGCUUUCCCCUGAGGAAAGAGCUUC